AUGGCCAGUAAAACCAAGGCCAGCGAGGCCCUGAAGGUGGUGGCCCGGUGCCGCCCCCUCAGCCGGAAGGAGGAGGCUGCUGGUCACGAGCAGAUCCUGACCAUGGACGUGAAACUAGGCCAGGUGACCCUGCGGAACCCCCGCGCUGCCCUGGGGGAGCUGCCCAAGACCUUCACCUUCGAUGCCGUGUAUGAUGCCAGCUCCAAGCAGGCAGACUUGUAUGAUGAAACCGUGAGGCCCCUGGUAGACUCGGUGCUUCAAGGUUUCAACGGCACCGUCUUUGCCUAUGGACAGACAGGCACGGGCAAGACUUACACCAUGCAGGGGACCUGGGUGGAGCCCGAGCUCCGCGGGGUCAUCCCCAAUGCCUUUGAGCAUAUCUUCACCCACAUCUCUCGCUCCCAGAACCAGCAGUACUUGGUCCGGGCCUCCUACCUGGAGAUCUACCAGGAGGAGAUUCGAGACCUGCUCUCCAAGGAGCCAGGCAAGAGGCUCGAGCUGAAGGAAAACCCUGAGACAGGCGUCUACAUCAAGGACCUGUCCUCCUUCGUCACCAAGAAUGUCAAGGAGAUAGAGCAUGUGAUGAACCUGGGGAACCAGACCCGGGCGGUAGGCAGCACACAUAUGAAUGAGGUCAGCUCCCGCUCCCAUGCCAUCUUUGUCAUCACCGUGGAGUGCAGUGAGCGUGGCUCAGACGGCCAGGACCACAUCCGUGUGGGCAAGCUCAACCUGGUGGACUUGGCCGGUAGCGAGAGGCAGAACAAAGCAGGCCCCAACACCGCUGGAGGGACCGCCACACAGCCCACUGGUGGUGGCGGUGGUGGAGGGGGUGGUGGCAGUGGUGGAGAGAGGCCGAAGGAAGCCUCCAAAAUCAACCUGUCGCUGUCUGCCCUGGGCAACGUGAUCGCUGCUCUCUCGGGUAACAGGAGCACCCACAUCCCCUACCGGGACUCCAAGCUGACCCGGUUGCUCCAGGACUCUCUGGGGGGAAAUGCCAAGACCAUCAUGGUGGCCACCCUGGGGCCAGCCUCUCACAGCUAUGACGAGAGCCUCUCCACCCUGCGCUUCGCCAACCGGGCCAAGAACAUCAAGAACAAGCCCCGGGUGAACGAGGACCCCAAGGACACACUGCUGCGGGAAUUCCAGGAGGAGAUUGCCCGCCUGAAGGCCCAGCUGGAGAAGAAGGGGAUGCUGGGAAAGCGACUCCGCAGGAAGAGCAGCCGCAGGAAGAAGGCCGUGUCAGCCCCGGCCGGGUACCCGGAGGGACCGGUGAUCGAGGCCUGGGUGGCCGAAGAGGAGGAUGAUAACAACAACAACCACCGCCCGCCCCAGCCCAUCUUGGAGACAGCCUUGGACAAGAACAUGGAGAAUUACCUGCAGGAGCAGAAGGAGCGGCUAGAGGAGGAGAAGGCGGCCAUCCAGGACGACCGCAGUCUGGUGAGCGAGGAGAAGCAAAAGCUGCUGGAGGAGAAGGAGAAGAUGCUGGAAGACCUGCGGCGGGAGCAGGAAGCCACAGAGCUGCUCGCCGCCAAGUACAAGGCCAUGGAGAGCAAGCUGCUCAUUGGAGGCAGGAACAUCAUGGACCACACCAACGAGCAGCAGAAGAUGCUCGAACUAAAGAGGCAGGAGAUUGCUGAGCAGAAACGCCGUGAGCGGGAAAUGCAGCAAGAGAUGAUGCUCCGGGACGAGGAGACCAUGGAGCUACGGGGCACCUACACGUCCCUGCAGCAGGAGGUGGAGGUCAAAACCAAGAAACUCAAGAAGCUCUACGCCAAGCUGCAGGCGGUGAAGGCGGAGAUCCAGGACCAGCAUGAUGAGUACAUCCGCGUGCGGCAGGACCUGGAGGAGGCGCAGAAUGAGCAGACCCGGGAACUCAAGCUCAAGUACCUGAUCAUCGAGAACUUCAUCCCCCCAGAGGAGAAGAACAAGAUCAUGAACCGGCUUUUCCUAGACUGCGAGGAGGAGCAGUGGAAGUUCCAGCCCCUUGUUCCCAGUGGAGCCAAUAGCAGCCAAAUGAAGAAGCGGCCAACGUCUGCAGUGGGCUACAAGAGGCCGAUCAGCCAGUAUGCUCGGGUUGCCAUGGCAAUGGGGUCCCACCCCAGGUACAGGGCUGAGAACAUCAUGUUUCUGGAGUUGGAUGUGUCCCCGCCAGCGGUCUUUGAGAUGGAAUUCUCUCAUGACCAAGACCAAGACCCCCGUGCACUACACAUGGAGAGGCUCAUGCGGUUGGACAGCUUUCUGGAAAGACCUUCAACGUCUAAAGUCCGGAAGUCCAGAUCCUGGUGCCAGAGUCCUCAGCGGCCUCCACCUCCCACCGCACACGCCUCGCUGGCCGCCUCUGCUGCUCUGCGUCCCACGACAGUGCUUGACCACGAGUGA